GUUUUUCAAGAUGGUGUCCGGGUGUGCGUGAGUGAACGUUGUAUGCGACGGCUAGUGCAAAAUUUCCAGUGGGUUUGGCUCUCAGGAUGACCCGUGCGGACGCUCCAAAUUGCCAUUCGCAUCGCAUCCAUGUCGGACUUGAAACCUCUGUCUAGAUUCGGCUGACCAGCGGAAGGGCCCACUAGCAACCAACAAUGGCCUCGUCUGCGGGGGCGCCGGGCUCUCCCGAAGGUGGCGGUGUGCUGCCCACCCGGCGCCACCCGCUGGCUGGCGGCCGCUUUUCUCUGCGACGCCUGCUCGGUUCGUCAUCGUCCUUUCUCAACCGGCGCAACUUUGGCCGCUCCUGCAACUCCCCCCACGAUGCCGAACAGGCUGUCCGGCCCCCGCAACGGAUGCCACCACAGCAGCAUAGGGACACGCGGAGGAAUAGCGGCGGCAGCGGUGGUGCAGCGUCUCGGCUGGGUGCCGCCGAGCGCCAGGGCAGCUCGGACACCGAGUCCCUGUGGAGCUGUGGUGGCGGCCUGCUCGAGUGCCCGCUCUGCCUGCUCGAGGCACCGGCCGAGGCGUUCCCACGGCUUGCGUCGUGCACGCACCGGGCCUGCGCCGACUGCCUGCGCCAGUACCUUCGUGUGGAGAUAUCCGAAAGCCGGGUGAACAUCGCCUGCCCCGCCUGCUCGGAGCCCAUGCACCCAAGCGACAUCCGGCGCCUGCUCCAGGACGAGCUCAUGGUGGCCAAAUAUGAGAGCUUCAUGCUGCGCCGCGUCCUCGUCACUGAGCCAGAUGCCCGUUGGUGCCCUGCACCAGAUUGCGGCUACGUGGUGAUAGCGAGUGGCUGUGCCAGUUGCCCCAAGCUGCGUUGCGAGCGUCCCGGUUGCAGCACGGCCUUCUGCUACCACUGCAAACAAGAGUGGCACCCCAACCAGACCUGCGAUGCUGCCCGGGCGCAGCGCGCCUCCAGGCCCGCUGCCCAGGCCGGCUCGACCCUCGGGUUCCCUCAUGAUGAGGGCCUGCAGCGGGACGACAUCAAGCACUGCCCCUGCUGCAAGGUGUUCAUCAUCAAGAUGGACGACGGGUCGUGCAACCACAUGACGUGCCGCCUGUGCGGCACCGAGUUCUGCUGGCUGUGCAUGAAGGAGGUGUCGGACCUGCACUACCUGAGCCCCUCAGGCUGCACCUUCUGGGGCAAGAAGCCCUGGAGCCGCAAGAAGAAGAUCCUCUGGCAGCUGGGCAUGCUCGUCGGCGCACCCGUCGGCAUUGCCCUCAUCGCGGGCAUUGCUGUGCCCGCCAUCGUCAUCGGCAUUCCCGUCUGGGUUGGACGAAAGCUGCACUCCAAGUACGACCUGCGCACCACGAGCCGCCUCAAGCGGAAUUUCGUGGUGACAAGCGGUGUGGUGGCCUCGUUCCUCGUGUCUCCGAUCAUCGCCGGCAUUGCUGUCGGCAUCGGCGUCCCCAUCCUGCUGGCCUACAUCUACGGGGUCGUUCCAGUGUCCCUGUGCCGUUCUGGUGGCUGCGGCGUCACCACUUCGGCGUCGGGGGUCCGCAUCGAGUUUGACGAGGAAGGCGAAGGCGUGGGCGGGAUCGGCAGCGGGUCCGUUGGGGUCGCGGCUGACGGUGCAAGCGUGGACACUGCUGGGGGCAUUGCCCCGGCCAGCAUUGGCGAAGCGGCCUCCCUGGGGAUGUCGGGGGGCAGCCCCAGCCUCGGCUCGCACCUGGACACGGUGGCAGGCGCAUCAAACACGGCGAUUGCUGGCCACUCUCUCACGGGAAGCAUCGCCUCGGCCAGUGCCCACUCCCACCGGCUGGAAGUCCAGGCGGAGGUGUCAUCGAACAAGCGCUUCAGCCUGAGCAGCCACAGCGAGACGGCCUCGGCCACAGUCAGCCUCAGCGAGCGCUCAGCCAACAUGUCUGGCGUUGCGGACGACGCCGCCAGCACCCGAGCCCUUGCAGGUUCCAUCGUUGGAUACAGGGAAGGCACUCUGUCGGCGCCCGUGGAAGUGCACGUUGACCCCUCGGAAGAGUCGGACUACUGUCGCCAGUGCCGCAUCACUCACCGGCCUUGCUGCCCCAAUGCCCUGCCCUCCAAUCCGCUGCAACAGUCGCCGCACUGCGAGUGCCUCGACACUGCCAGCGUUACCAAAGUGCAGAUUGAGUGAGAGAGAGAGAGAGGAGGAGACGGCAGCAGCAUUGCCAGUUUGCCCCCCAUCGCCGUGUCAUGCUCUGUCAUCAUUGGCACACCUGGCGAUGGGCAGCGUGUUGGCAGCUCUCGGCCACCAAGCUGCGGCAUCGCGGAGCGCCGUCUUUGAAGCACGAAUCUUGGGACGGGCCAAAAACAACGAAACUGUCAGAUGGCUCCAGCUUCUUGUGCAUGAUCACUGUUUUGCUGCAGCAGGGUGAGCGGGGCUGUUAGAAUGCGCAUUUCCUUGUGUCACUCGUGUAACAUUAGCCAGACAGCGGCAUGCGACUGUGGUUGAUGUAUGGAACACUUUCCACGCUGGUCGGUCAGUGCACGGUGUGUUGUGGAACGGAGUCUGGACAUGCCUACCUGACCCAUUAGUUACUGGCCAAAGCUCGUUUGCCAGGGUGCAUAGCGCCAUGGAUUGCGGAAGCUGCCGCAUUCCUCUUGAUGUCAUGAAGAGCAAGUCAUCAUUGUGGGCCCAGAGUCCAGCUCGAGCACAGCUUGCAGGAUAUUGUGUGUCACUCAACCUCUGCAGCCGCAUUUACUCCGGCUGUCUGUCUGAAGAACACCCUGUACUGCUUGAGAACAAAAGUGGAAUUCCGUACCUUUAGAGUUUCCCAGACGAAAAGUGGCUGUUUGGAAUUCUGUGGCAAUGAAAGUGGCAAAGCUAGUACACAGAGCAUUUUUCGUUGGUGUCAUUGUGCUUAUGUGUGCGCAGUUGACAUGGUCUGUCAUAGGUUCACAGCCUCUCGGACCUUUAUCAGGCGUGUCAUUGCCUGGAGCGCAUGAGACUGGCAGUUCUGUCGCAGUGGUUCUGCUCUAGUUGUGCAGUGCAGAAGACUGAAAAAAAAAAGCAUGUAUUUCCAGAUAAGCGAAGGCUGUCACUGCUAAGCAGACAAGCAAAACGCUAGGAUUAUGGCUCACAUGGCAAGUCUCACACGUCGUGGUGCACGCCAACUGACCGACUUUAGGUAUACAGCAGGCAACACGUUGAAUUGGUGCUAAUGGUGCAUUCAACCCUGCAAGCUUGAGCGAAGAGAGAAAGAACACCAGAGGAAAGGAGUUGUGUGUAAAGCGCUGAUGCUGCCAGUGUUGUAUAAAAACUGGUGACUGCUUGCUUGCACGCAUGAAGCUGCGCCAUCUGUAGUGCCAGUUUUAAAUGUGCUCCUGGAUGACUUUGCCAUGUUAUGUCCCCGGCAUUGGUGGUUUGUCAAAGAGAAAUGUGCCAAGUGUGCCAGCUGACAAGACUGUCCAACGCACCACAGUCGGCGGUGGCUCCGGCGAUUCAGAGUUUCGUUCAGCUAACAUCUGGUGCUGUUCACAGUGUCGGGAUGGACCGGCGGGUUUCUAGCACGCCGACUACGGCAGACGGCUUUGUCCGACAGUUGCAGGCACGUUUCAGCCGUGUCUUUUGAGACAGUGCAUGGGCAGCCCUCCCAAACAAGCGAGGUCGCUGCCUGUCAACUUGCUUGAUCAUCACAUCUCCCAUAGUAUGAGCAAGACUGGAGAAAAAAAAAACAACGUUUUUGCCGUUCAAGGUUAUAGUCAUGAAUGUGUUCCGGACGUAGUGUCAUCACCCGACAUAGAAAUUUGUUGGAAACUCUACAGAUGUAUAUUCAAGUGUAUCGACAUGAGGCAUAGCGUGUGCGUUACAGUGGCUGCUACUGUUGCUGGCCGCUGUAUGUGUGUGCCGUGUGUCUUUUGCCAUGGUAAGAGUGAUUCUUGUGCGUUGCCUCCUCUUGCAAUGUUUGCGUAGCUUUUUUUUCCUUGGCUGAGAAAAAGAAAACUGUUCCAAUGAAGAAACAUGUCGGUUGUUUUGUACAGUGUAUAAAAAUUUGUUGGUUGUUUGGUGCUUCCAGUGUUUAAUUAUGGCAGCCAAACUGACUGUGCUGCAGCCGAUUUUGUUUGUUUUUGCAAUAAGCGCGCGUUGAUACUUUGCCGAUGCUUGUCUUUAUCGAUUCUUGCACUGCGUAGUACUUUAGCUCCUCUAGUACAUUUCUUUUGUUCACUCUAUUGAGUGAUAAGUGUCUCUUGCUGUCUUUCUCUGGCCACCUUUAGUGACCAACUUGCUUGAUGUCAUAUCUUGUCUCCUCUCUUCCAUUGGUCCCCAGUUCCUUACAUAAUUUAAAAUUCCUCUUCAAGUGAAAAAGAGCUUGGGCUGUGGCCUAUCUGUAGGUGACCAGUCUUGAGUGGUGUCUAGUUGUGUGCUCAAGUGCUCAACGCGUCACGUUUUCCCACCACUGCAUUCUCAAGGGUGCGGCUGUGAGGUGAGCCCGCAGCCUACACCAACGUUUGCCAACUGUCAUGUUACUAUAGUCCCAACGGCAAAACUAGGCUCGCUAUCCAAGUUGCAUUGUGUGUCGCAGAUGCCAAUUUCACGUUUGGCUGUUGUGGAUUCACCAGUUCUUUCUGCCAGUUUGACGACUCGGAUAUUUGCUCCAGAUGUACAUCUUACUUGGGUCAUUCAGUAAUUUGUUGCACAGCCCUCUGUGCCGUAAAGUGCCAUAAGUUUUGAGUUUUUAACCUCGCAACUUGUCAGAUAACAUUCAGGGAGCUUGGCAAACUGUGCGAGAUUACUCCUCUGCUGUGUUGUAUCUUGGUACGCUGGCAGUACAAGUGUCAAUUGGAAGCCUCCUGGUUGCUUUUGUUCCUCAUCAGCAUUGACUGAUAAUUGUUCCAUAAAAGAGUAACUGUGUGGAAAUUUUUUGUCCCAUACAAGCGCAUGAGGUACAGAGGUGAGCAACUUUGUCUAGAACGUGCCAUCUAACGUUAGCCACUGGGUUCGAGAUAGGUGCCCGCUGUGCAUGCGUGGCAAAAAGAGCCGGGUGCCUGCUCAUCGCUUCCUUCUUCCAGUUCUCACCUUGUGUGUUCGCUUCCCACCACAGGGGCCAUGCUGCAUGUCUAUGUGGCAUUAAUAUGACAUUGCCACGGCGGCCAGUGCAGCGCCGUACCACCAUGUUUUACACAUGUAACCAGGCGGCCAGGCAAGUAAGCGCGAGUGAUGGUAGUUGACCGUGCACUUUUGCAUACGCACCACGCUCACCGGCCGUGUUGUCUGUUCGCCUGUCUUUGCACUGCGUGUUAGCAAGGAUGGAUGGCGCAUUUUGUACCUGUACGGAACGGCGAGCUUGCCAGCUCUGCAAAAACGCGCGGUCACCCGCCAUCACUUGCGCGCGCUUGCCUGACCGCCAUGGCAAUGUCAUAUCAAUGCCACAUAUACAUGUAGCACGGCCGUGGCAGCGGGAAGCAAAAACACAAGGUGGGAACUGGAACAAGGAAGCAAUGAGCAGGCUCUUUUUGGGGCGCAAGCACAUUGGGCACCUAUCUCGAACCCAGUGGCGAACGUUUAGGCGGUGCUGCCUUGCUACACAGAGCCCCGGCAGCACGUUCUAGACAAGGCUGCUCACCUCUGUACUUGCUGCAAGCCAGCACUUUUCGCAGACCUUUUCCUGCAUCUAUAGCUGGCGAUCUGUUCCAGUUUGCUUCUUUUUUUUCUUGGGCAUUGAAUCAUUGUUAAAAUGCUUUCAUUUUUGGCCAAGCUCGGUCACUUUUGCACACUCUGGUGGCGUCGCUGUACUAUCGUGUUAAUGUCACCAAAUAUCUUGUCAUGCAUGUUGUUCUCUGCGAGUGUUUCACGUUGCAGUCAGAUGAAAGGGAUACAUUUGGGCCGUUUGCACGUGGGAAACUGUGUGCAGGCCGAACACUUUCGCAAAAGCCUGUUCAGUGCCCAUGCUUUACAGCUCCACGGUCGCAGUUACGCCAUAGUGCGUGCGGUGGCUGUGGGGCUUGCAGUAUCACGAAAAAUAAGUGUCAUUGGUUAAGACUGUACGACUUUUACGGCAUUAGCCCAAGGUAGGCAGAUGGCUCUGUGGCUUAUUGGUGGUUUCCUGGCAGUCUGAGCACAAGGCCUUGCUCUUGCUUGUUGUACUAUCAGAAUGAAUGAAAUACAGUAUUAGGUGUCGUGGGUUCCAUGAUAAAAGUUCAUACCUGCAGCUAGUAAUAUGGUGCAGUAUGGUUUUGGUUGCACCUACGCUAGGCUGCAAUUCUAAAUUCAAAAAGCUGCACGCCUCGACUGCAGAAAACUCUGCCUUCACACAGACUGUACACCUUGUAACUUCGGCACCUAGGAUACAUUUUGUCUAAGAGUUCUUGGGCCAUUGCAAGCAUUACCAGUAAUGACGUUGGUUCCUGCAGUGGGAUUCACUUAGUAUCUUCAAUGCUCCAGAAACAUUUUGGUGCAAGAACUCUUUCACGACUUUGAAGUGAAUAGAGAUGUGCAGGAGUUGCACUGCUUAGCAGCAGCUAUGGUUAGGCAUGCAUUUGCCUCGGAACUCUUGGUCUGAACAAUAUGUUUGCUCUCUUCUUGUGAACAAAUUGGAACCAAGAAAUUUCCAGCAGAAAAUAAAAAAUAAAAAAGAACUGAAGGAACUAAAUGAUGAAUGUUGUUUCGGGCAUAAGUAUUGUCCAUGUUUGUUUGUCUUUCAUUCGUACCAUAUGGCCCUGGGCGAGACCUUCCGAGUUGGGGUGGUGACUGGUGCGUGCUCGUGGCUGUGGACUUUGCCCGAAAGCGCCUGUGUGUCAUACUCUUAUGUGGAGAGACAGCGAACUGCCCUGGCUGGGAAGCUGUACCCCGAGGAGGCUGUCCUCGUGCCCUCCUCCAUAUGAAGGGUGUACGAAUAUCUGUUGUAUAACCUAAUGUUUGUAUUCUUGUACAGCCAUGGCUUGUAUGGAACAUGCAAAGGGAAGACAACUGCCAAUCUACUGUGGCGCCCCCCUUUCGCCAUUCUACUGUGGCAGGAGAGGGCUGGGGGGGGAAGGUCACAUUGAUGUACAAAGCUGGUUACCCGCAGGCUCUGUGGUGCGCGUGCGUGUACACUGUGCGUGUGUGUGUAUUUAUAAUUGAAAUUAAACGAAUAAAAUUGCUAUUUCCACGGACAAA